CACCCACACCAGCUUCCCCCACCUGAAAUCAACGUCGUACAACCCCAGCCUGCUCCAGCUCGUGAAACUUAUCCGACGUCGUCCUCCUGCAGCAGCACUAUGCUCCUCUGCCCCCGCCUCCGCCAACAGAGUCGCCCCUCCCCUCCCCUGAAUCUUGCUCACGAACUCGUCGUCGGUCCUCUCCGCUACGGAAUCCAUCAGCAGCUUCACUAAGCAACAGCUCGGGUCUUCAAUCUCAUAGGCCGAUUGUGGCAAUGGCGUGGAUUACGUAGUUGCCGAAUGAAUUCGACGGGAACGGCGGGUUCCCCUUCCGCCGCAGGUUAACAGCUUGGGUCACGACUUUGCUGGCGACUGGCCAAUCCGGCAUCAUUGAAGACGAACCUUCUGGUAACAGCCGGUGACUUCCUCU